CGCCAACGCUCAGUCGGGGGCGGGAGGGCCGAGGAGCAGGACGUGUGUUCGCGCGCGCGCGCGCGCUCUCUCUUUGCCGACCGCCGUCGCCGCCGCGCGACUUAUUGGACGCUCAGGGAUUUCUCCCUCAGCUGCACGCAGGGAAAUAGAACUGUCCCUCCCCCUCCCGCCCCCCCAUUAGAGAAGAGAACCGGCUGGGGAGUCAAAGGUCCCAGAUAUAAUUUCUGAUCAGCCAAGACAUUAUGCAGAAAAACUCCAAAAGGAAUAGUCAUCCUGUUGAUAAGGAAUCAUGUACUGACAGGAAGAAAGAAAGUCAAAAAGACUUUGUUGAAGUGCUCCCUCCAGAAGUCACGUUUGAAAUUUUUAGUAAACUUGACAUCCAGAGUUUAUGCAAGGCCGCCAUGACUUGCAAAAGGUGGAACCAAGCCAUUGAAAAGAGCGACUACUUAUGGAAGCACCACUGUCUGACCCGCCGAGCCAUCUGCCAGAAAGAAAUUGAUGGUGAUCGAGGAAAUGGGUAUUCAUGGAGGGUCACACUUCUGAGGAAUUACUGGAUGAGCAAAGUGAAGUACGAAUGGCUGAGCGGCAAAUACAGUAACAUUUCUUCUCCCUUUAGCCUGCCCAAAAGAUGCAUUUGUCCUAUGGACGCAGACUCGUGGGGAGAAAUUCUAGAAGCAGAAAUGAAAAGAAAGCGAACUGACUCUUAGGGCACAACUUUUUAUUUAUUUACUCAUUAUCUGUGAAUAGAAGAAAGCUCAUGGGAACAUUUUAUGAAAUUUUAAGCUUAAUUUAUUUUUAUCUUGCACUUUAUUAGAAAAAAGCUCUUAUGUGGCAGAUUUUUAAUGUACACAUUAAAAUUCAACACAUUUUAUCUUUUAAAUACCUUUCUAGGCAAGUGAUUUAAAUAUUCUUGUGGAUCUAUUUUUAAAAUUCUGCUUUGUAAUAAUGGGAAGCCAUUUGCGUUUGAUUUGUAUCUGCUACGUAGAAGCCAGAUCUGCACAAGCCGAGUGCAUUUUGACAGAUUUUAUUUUACUCGCUUUCCCUUGAAACAUCCCCUUCUGGACCUCUGCGGACUCUGCACCCAUUUCAUUUCCAUCCGCAGCAGCAGGUAGCAGUGUUAUUUACUUAAGCAUCUGCUGUAUGUGGAGCAGCCUAGGAGGCUCUAGGAAAUCUACAGAAGUUCAAGGUGUCGAACCAAGUGGGAGUGGAAGAGCUCCAGGCAGAUCCGGUGACCCUGCUCUUUCCACCAGGCCACGGCCGCCUCCACGCUAACUUAUCGGGGCGAGUUUCCAAUCCGAGGCAGACUUAUGUCCCGAGGGAAAUAAAACAGGCAGCUAAUGGGCGGCGGAUGCUUCUGCGCCCCAGCUGCAAAUAGGACAGGCUCCUGGUCCAACGAUGGACCUGCACAGGACUGAGUCGCGUGACUGAAACUAAUGACCACCCCCCGCCCGAGGCCAAGGAAGAAUCAUUCAGAAAUUCGACUUCCAUUCGGCCCCGGCCUUUGAACCAUUUGGAAAUACGGUUUGGCGUGUUUUUUGUUGAGGCUGUUUCUUCUAAUUCGAUACGACGCGUCACCUCAUACGGACGCACCGGUGACCACUGAAGAAGCAGGAAGCUUUUGUGAGCUGUACGCUGAAGAGAUGAGCCAAACGACAAGAACCAGCUCCAAGGGAAGAGCUUCAGCGAGGGGACCGGAUGGUGAGCCGCAGAAGAUACCCGUUCCUAAGAAGAGCCCGUGAUUUUAGACACCAUUAAAGUGUCGGUGUACGUGAUACUAGACGCAAAUAGUUUGGGGCUAUUUAUUAAAUCAUACUUGAAAAACAA